GUCAAAAAAGAUAUUAUUAUUUAAAAAUAUUAAGGAUAUUUGAAAAAUGGGUGAAACAGAUUGGGAUUCUGUUACAAAAAUUGGAAGAGGUGUUCAUUCAAGAACCACUGCAGUAAAGGCUGUAAAUGGAAUAAAUGAGGCACGACGUUUGGGUGUUGUAGUAAAUAUUGAAAAGAAAUUUUAUGCUGGAUCUAAUAAGGCACAUAAAACAACAGAAUCACAAAAAAUAGCAAAAAUAGAUCGGGAAAAUGAUAUUGUUCCUAUCAAGACAUCUGGACGUGAAGUAGGGCUAGCUAUUUCAAAAGCUCGCCAAGAAAAAAAUAUCAAACAAUCCGAGUUUGCACAAAAAAUUUGUGAAAAAGUGAGUGUAAUAAAUGAUUAUGAAAAUGGAAAAGCAAUUCCGAAUCAACAAAUUUUAGCUAAAAUGGAAAAAGUUUUGAACGUUAAAUUGCGCGGAUCUGGUAUCGGUCAACCUUUAGUAUGCUCUAAAAGGUAAUUAGGUUUUGUUAUGUAACUUUUAUAUACCGUAUAAACUACUUAAU